AUGAACUUUGAAACAGUCAGUGCUCAAUGUUCACCUGAAGGAGUGGCUAAUUCAAGAGGAGUGGCAUCCCAGGAAGGGAAGGAGGUUCACUCAUGGCAGAUAACUGAUUGGAAUGCAGAGAACUUAGACUCAGCAACAUUGCAGGCAGUUCUAUGGGCCCUACAGGAAGCAAGAAGAAAGGGGUGGCAAUCCAUAUAUUGUCAAUGGUCCUUUAGGCUGACCAGUCAAAAAGAGUGUUCAACUCAGAUGAGGUUGGCGGAAGUGAAAAUACCAACAAUAGACAGAGCAGGGGCACCGAGCUUAAUGGUCUCCAUGCCGUCACGAGCUGAGAAUUCAAAAUUAUGCUCAAGUUCUUUUGUAGCUGAGAGUUCAAACAAUGCCUUUAGCCGUGCCACCCUCCUUCGCCGUCGAUCUCGUAAAUUGCCGCCUUCGACUGAGAUAGAGCCACCAAAAUCAAACUCGCCGGUUGCCGCCGAUCCCGACCAAGCUGUUAGUAGGGCUGCUGGGUAA